AUAAUGUAAACAGCACAUGCCAAGAUCAGCCUGAGAAACUUGGGGGUGAUCUCGUGUUAGGUUAACGCGUUUCUCGAUCUCCUCGCCCGGCGCCUUCGCCAGAGAGCUGAGCAUCGGCGUUUGCGAUCUGCCAGUGAGCUUCUGUCGAAAUGACAACGCGUCUGGCUCGUCAAUGCAGCGGCAUGGACGAGGAUGCUGGUCUGGCAACCGCUGAGCGCUUGCGCACUCCGCAACGUUUACGACUCUCUUCUGGCAAAUGUGAAGGAUGUUGCCUUGAAUCGACUGCGAGUGAGCCGUUGUCAGUGCUGUUUCACAGGUGCCCAUGCGGCAUGCCCUGGGGCAUACCCGGUGGAAGUGUAGCAAUGUCGACGGCCGGCGUCGACAACGUCACCGACACGCGCGAGCGACGACGAUGGAGAGAGCGACACGCGCAAGGAUCAAGACUUCGACACUCGCUUCAGAAGAGUCACGGAGAGGUCAGAAAGCAGAUCACUGAAGGAGAGAUCGUGGCGCGAGGAGUACUCGAUGGCCAAGCUUCGAGAGGAAGCCCUUCUUUGCCCACCUCGUCCCGUCCCGUCCCCUUUGCAACGAGGCGGGAGGGACACGACAGCGUCGAGGCCGAUGGCACUGGCCUCGCAUGACCAGCUGCUGGCCGAGUAGGAAAGCAGUGGCCUGGCGAUGACGUGGCAGCGGUGCAGCAACAACAGGCUUGCCUGGGAGCUUGCUUGCAAGAAGACCCCGGCUUUCCUUCUGCGCCGCGGGUAGGAACGGCCCGGAAGGGACAGCCACCAGUAGCCUGUCUCCUCCUCCUUUUUGCGCCCGAA